AUGCGUCCCACAAUCCAUCUGCAGUGGAUUCGGGGUUGGACUGUCAACAUAAACUCCAAAAGGAGAGAUGGCUUGCCCUAUUCGAAGAUCAAGGCUAUUUGCCAACAAUACCGCCAACGGCUGCUGGCCUCCCGCAAGGAACCUGUUGCUCCCCGCCCCCUUCCUCCAGCCACCUUGUUCAUUUUUGGACCGACGCCGAGCUACGUGGUCAGUCCGCAACUUGCGGCUCGGCUCACCACCUCUGACUUGUCGUCGCUGAAGUCAAAUCUCAGGGUCUACGAGAAUCAGUUCACUGGCAAGACUGAUUACGACGGAGACUGUACAGAUCUCAAAGAGCAUGAUUGCACUCCGGAGGUCCUCACCGAUCAGGAUCUGCGCGGUGAUGAUGCUGUCUACUAUGGGCAUGGCCAGAUCCAUGUCGUUGGCAUGGUAGACAUGCACAGGGCUGAGCUAAAGCAAAACCCUCAAUAUCGCUCCUCUACAGAAUUUUGGAGUCGAUUAGGUGGGGAGAUCCUGCAGAAACUUCGGGUGAAACCUGAGAUAGCGACAGCAAAUUCCCUCGUUGAAGGUCUUAGUUCCUGGAUUUGCAACACGAACGAAGAGCAGCAAAGGAUCGGCCGCUUCAGUGCCAAAGCCGACCAUUUCGAAGGUAUUGCAACAGCAUCGGUCACUCUGAAUCUUUCCGUACCUAUGCAGGGCUUUGACCCGGACAGACUGUGCCCAUAUAUCCGACUUGCGGCCGCCGGGAUUGAGACUGGUCCGGCUACAACCAUUUGGGCAUCUCGAGGCAAACAAGCCCCGGACCACAGUUCAUUAGCCAGAGCAAUGGAAGUGCCAGAUCUCUGCUUAACCUUCCUCCUUUCGGUCAUGCGAGAUACCAUGGGUAUUGGACCGCUCCCGGAGUAUGUGGACCAUUCAGUUGUUCUUGGCAAGAGUGACCCAGAUCUUGAGUACGAUGAUGAGGAACAAGAAGAGGAUGAUGGAGAAGUUGAAUGGCUCAGGGAUCAACUUUGGCGCAGAGAAGACCAUGAAAAGUGA